AUGGAGCUAACAUUCCACAGGAAACACAAAGACAAGGUGAUGAACUCGUACAUACCCUAUGUGUUGGCUCAGGCCGAGGCUAUUAGAGAUGCAGAAAAGACUCCAAAGUUUUAUAGUUACAAUGUAAAAGGUGGCUCUUGGAGUUGCGUGGACCUUGAACACCUGGCUACGUUCGAGACAAUAGCAAUGGAGCCAGAGCUCAAGAGAAUGAUCAUACAGGAUUUGGACAAGUUCGUCAAGAGGAGGGAGUUCUACAAGAGGGUUGGCAAGGCUUGGAAGAGAGGUUACUUGUUGUACGGUCCACCGGGCACCGGAAAGUCUAGCUUGGUUGCGGCCAUGGCCAAUCACCUCCACUUUAAUAUUUAUGACCUCGAACUUACUAGCAUUUCGAGCAACGAUGAAUUGAGGAAAGCCUUGAUGUCUACUACUAAUCGUUCUAUUGUGGUCUUUGAGGAUAUUGAUUGCAACAAGGAAUCCCUUAGCCGGGAAUCAACAGAGAACAAGAACUUCAUAGUUUCCGAAACCAAAUCCAAGUUUACACUCUCGGGUUUACUGAAUGUCGUCGAUGGUCUGGGGUCAAGUUCCGGUGAUGAGCGGAUUAUUGUGUUCACCACCAACCACAAGGAGCGGCUAGACCCUGCAUUGUUGAGACCUGGUCGAAUGGACAUGCACAUUCACAUGUCGUAUUGCACCCCAAAAGGGUUUGAGACCUUAGCCUCAAACUACCUUGGCAUUCAGGACACUAGCAAACAUCAGCUGUGUCAAGAAAUUGAAGGGUUGAUGGAGAGCACAAACAUCACACCUGCAGAGGUUUGCGAGGAACUGAUGAGGGGUGGGGGUGAUGAUGCUGAUACUGCUCUUGAAGGACUUGUCAAUUGCCUCAAGCGUAAGAGGCUCGAGACCUACAAAUUAGAGGAAGAAGAAAUACGAAAAGCAAAGAGGCAGAAACCAGAUAACAACGGGUCUGAUAUUUCCGAGAAUUAG